UCGACUCUUCACAAAACAACCGCCCGACCUGAAAUGAGGAAAAACUUUUUCCCAUGGCACGAACGACGACUGGCUCCGGAAGAUUGAAAAUGGAAUACCCUCAUAAAACAACAGGGUAGCAGUUUGUAGUUUGCACGGGCUCACAUAGAACAGAGGGAAAAAAAGUUUUCACCAGCAGCGACCAGCAGCACUUGACACAGCGGUGUUACGUAUUAUGGAAAACUUUCCCGUUGGAUCCACGUGCGGGUUCUGUGCUCACGGAACUCCCUCGAGAGGGAGAUGCAAAUGACGAUCCCCGUCGAAAGACGAACUCGACAGCAGAAAAAAGGGCAGCUUCAUUUGAACCGCUGAGCUUCGGAUAUCGGCCACCCAAGUGGAAGGACCUUUCGACGAUAGAGGUGUGAUAAAGCGGAUGGGGGACAGUAUCUGCGGCACGAGAGGUUAACAAAUUUGAAGCACCAAAUUGCAAGUGAUGGUACUAUUGGAAUAAUUUAUAAUAAAAUAAUCCGCUUCACCGGGGCCUGCAGGUCUCAGCGCCGCAAAAAUGGUGGACGAAUGUCGAGAGAACCGAAAGCCAGCAUAAGAGAAGUUAACGAAAGGGUGAAAUAGCCGUGAAUUUUAUGUGAAACGUUGCAGAAAGUACUACGGUGGAAAUUUAAUCACCUGUUGGGGAGGAAAGCGUUUCGAGAGCAGUCGGAAAAGGGAUGAUUAUCCUUAACUGAAACAUUCACGCUCUAGACUAGAUGGGAAAAUAUUGGAAUUAUGUGUGUGAGUAAGGAAAAAAGUUUCGAAAUAUAACACCUAACGAAAGCGAGGUUUGGGCUUCUAGAUCCUUCGAUGCGUUCGGUGUUUUUUUUUCACCUUCGGCGCAGAUGACGAUCAAAGUUGAUUAUGGUAAUUCACCGGUCCCAGAAGCAUGAAAGGUCCGAAAACUUUGCAAGCAGCACGGUGGAACAUGAAUUCGAGUUGUUAAGUCAAAGCUAAUGCAACAUCUGCUUUGGUGCUGGUCCAACCAAAGGAACAAAAAUUGCAAGCAAAGAACAACCGUUUCGUAUCUUCGGAUAAAAGUUUCAACCUAUCAAAGACAAAGAAGGCAAAGAAACAGGUGCAAAGAUGGCGAAUUUCAUCGAGUUUCCAGUGCAGGUGAUCUGCCUGUUCUUAGCAGUUCUGGUCCAAAGGGCAACAAGUGUUAGAGAUGUGCCGCUCGUCACCAUGGAAGCCUUGGUUGGAGAGACCAUCUAUUUGCCCUGCAAUAUCAGCACACACGAUCCGGGGGACAGCGUGGUUCUGGUCCUGUGGUACCGGGAAGAUAAGGGCUCGCCCAUAUACAGUGCCGAUACCAGAGGCCGGGACGUGACGUCAGCGAAGCGGUGGUCGGACGAAUCCGUGUUCGGCAACCGGGCGUACUUUCUGUUCGAUAAGCAGCCGGGCGAGCUGGCGGUGCAAAAUGCUCGCGAAGCAGACAGCGGCAUGUACCGCUGUCGGGUGGAUUUUAUCAUAGCACAAACUAGGAAUAGCAUCGUAAAUUUAACAAUAAUUGUUCCACCCGAACGGGUUGUGAUACAAGACCAGCUGGGCAUCGAUCGGACAACGGUGGCCGGCCCCUAUAGCGAGGGCGAUAUCGUAACGUUACGAUGUGAUGUUUAUGGCGGUCGGCCACUACCAACAGUCAGCUGGUUUCGCGACGGUAAUCCACUGGUGGCCGAAUCGAAGAACAUGCCAUUGAGCAAGCACCUCCGCAGCGAGAUUGUGCUGGGACCAUUGAGCCGGCAGGACCUGCACUCGAAGCUGGUGUGUAAGGCCAGCAAUCAUGAACGGGCCACCGCGGUGGAGCAGUCCGUCCAGAUCGAUAUGAACUUUGCUCCCCUCAACAUAAGACUGAUAGGUGCACACCAACCACUAUCGGCCGGUCAUCGGUACGACCUGCUGUGCCAAAGUGCGGGUUCCCGACCUGCGGCCUCAAUAACAUGGUUCCUGGAUGGAAUUCGGCUCGAUAGGAGCAAAGAAACGACGUCCGCCGAUGGUAAUCAAACCACGAGUACGCUGUCGAUAAGCCUUAACCGAACCGAUGCGGGCAAGUAUCUGUCCUGCAAAGCGUACAAUUCUUACGUACCAUCUGCCGAGGCGCUCGAGGACGGAUGGAAGCUGGAUAUACAAUAUGUUCCUGAUGCGCACGUUCGGCUCGGAAGUUCACUGGAUCCCGACUCGAUACGAGAAGGCACGGACGUAUACUUCGACUGCAUAGUGACAGCUCAUCCUGCUGUCUACAAGGUCGAAUGGAAGCACAACAACAAAACACUGCCGCACAACAUAUCGCAGGGCGUUAUCAUCAGCAACCACUCGCUGGUGCUGCAGGGAGUGAGCCGAACCACUGCCGGAAAUUACUCCUGCGUCGGGUUCAACGCGGAAGGCGAAGGCAGCAGCCCGGUGUUCGAGCUGAAUGUGAUGUAUGCACCGACGUGCGCCCCCAAUCAGCAGCGGGUGUACGGUGUCGCCAAGCAGGAAAACGCCGAGAUCAAGUGCAUCGUUGACGCCAAUCCUCCAGAUGUCGAGUUCAAAUGGACAUUCAACAACUCAGCCGAGAGCAUCGACGUGCAGGCGAGCCAUAUUUCCCGACUAGGAACCUCGUCGGUAGUAUCGUAUACCCCGAUGACUGAAUUAGACUACGGUACGCUGCUCUGCGUGGCAACCAACCGGAUCGGAAAGCAGAGGCAGCCCUGCGUGUUUCACAUAAUUGCUGCAGGUCGGCCAGAUCAGGUACACAACUGUUCUCUGGCCAAUGUUUCCAUGACAUCCCUGAACGUGAGGUGCUUCGAGGGAUUCAACGGGGGUUUGGCACAGUCUUUCUUCCUCGAGCUUCGGGACACCCACACUCUGGAGGUUCGUUUCAACAACACCUCGCCCGUUCCGAGAUUCACCGUGCCGAACCUCCACCCCAGUGCCGUCUAUCAGCUGGCAGUGUAUGCCUUCAACUCCAAGGGCAAAUCCGAACCGUACGUGAUGAGUGCAGCAACACAGAGGCUGCCGGAAAAACAGAUGAACUCGGAAAAAGCAGAACGACCGAAAUCGCCCCUGCCGCUGACGCCGACCAUGUCAAUUGCCAUUGGUCUCGGGGCAGCCAUUCUGAUUGGAAGUUGUGCCAUUAUUCUGGCUUUGAAAUUUCCCUGCGGGGCAAGUAGUCGCCGCAAUAAGGAAACCGCCCAGAGCACGACGGUGAGAACUUCAUCUCCGGGACCAAGUGAUAAAAGUGUUGCCAGCAAGGAGUACGACGGCAACGACAGCGAUGAAAAGAAUCCGGAUGUCAUUCCGGAUACGAUUGAUUCUGAUGAUCAGAUGGAGUACAUUCGACGUCGACAGCACAUAUCCACAAUUGACACGAGCAGUCCAAGUCGAUUGCUGCUGACCACCGCAGCACAGAGCCAAAACUUCAUGGGUUCCACGAUGGCCCUGCACAACAAUCACACAGCCAGCCUGGGCUACUGCACCCUGAGGAACGGCAUGCCACCGCCGCCGGCGAACUCGGUGACCAACGUGUCCAUGAGCCAUGUGCCAAAUACGUUCACGUCAGCUUCGCACGUCACGUGUACUCUUCCCAGGCAUCCGCCGAGUGCGGCGGGUGGCGGUGGUGGCAUUAUAAAUUCCGUCGGUCCUGCUGGUGCCCAUCAUUGGCCUUCGUACGGCGGCACCAUCGCCGGAGUGCGAAACAUGACGGCGAUUUCGGUGACCAGCAGCCAGCAAGUGGUGCCCCCGCCGCCCUCCACGAUAGCAAUGCAGCAUCUUGGCGGACCGCAACCGAGGACUCGCGUCUGCAUUGGACUGCCGGAGGACGACGUGUCAGCCGAUACGCCUCUCAUGGUAAAACGGGAAAGCACCGUAUGACUAUAGGAAUCUCACAGGGUCGGUGAUACGGCCCUGUGAGGCUCAUUCUCCGAAUGCGCACUUCCAGUCGGCGCCAACGCUAGGGAACGAGGCAAGACUUAAACAAUAAUUAGAAAUUGUUAAAAUAACGAAACGAUUCCGAAACUGUUUAUAGUGAACGAGAUAUCCAAAUACUUUCCCCGGCGAGGACGCAUCUCUUUGUACUUCGAGCGGGGGAACUGUUUCCUCGGUAAUCAUUUCAUGUUUCUAUUUCUGUUUUUUUUUUGUUUUUCAACCGUUUUCUACUGAUAUUCAAAGGCAGGAGAAUCAAGAAUAACGAUGUUAUUUACCAUUAUAUCAUUUUGUGAUAUGAACGCUGUGAAAUAAUUAAAUCGAUAUGCUCAAUUUUGAGUGUGAAGUAAACGGAAGAAAAGCAACAGUAUGAGGUAAGAAAUGAAGAAAACUGAGCAGUUCCAAGUUAAAAUUAAUGAACAAUGAACAAUGAUCAAUUUGAUUUCAGCUAUUCAGCAAUUAUUGUUAUCAGUGCGAACUUCCUGCUCGCAAGAGUUGAUUGUUGCACAUAAUUGUUAAGUUUGAAUUGAUUCCGUUGUACAUAAACUCGUUUGUAUUGGCGAUUAUGCAUUUCUUCAUGUAGAAUAUCUGUACCAAUCGUUGAUUAGCUAAGAACGCCAUAUUCAAAAUUUAUUAAAUGUGCUCUGAUUACAAUUUUACAAACUUCACAGGAGCAGAGAGAUGAUAUUUCUUCAAAUAGUAGGUUCUGUUGAUUUAAUCUUUUCGCAUUUAUCUUUUUAUUGAUUUUAUUCAUUAUAAUCUGAUAGACAAAGUUGAAAUGGAAAAUAUUCUUAAAAAUAUAUGUGGAUUUAAAACAAUG